CCCUCUCCAUGUGUAUUUUGUCUCCUCCUCCCGUGCGUGCCUGUCUUUGCAUCUCCACUCUUCUCCCUCCCUCCUCCGGAUCGAUCGCCGGCCGAGCUCUCCGGAGGGCCGGGCACUUGGUGGGCUCGUCCUUGUUCCCCGCUGUGUUUUGCCGAGUCAAGGGGAUCUCUUUGGAGGCUCGGCGAGAUGCUGCUCGUGGUGAUGUGAUCGCAUAGCAACACAGCAGCCGGGGCGGUGGAGGAGGAGAGGCAGCGGUGCUGAGGCUCAGCAUGCAUCCCUGUCACAGGGACUCCUCUGCUGAUUCACACGCACAGCCCCUCUCCCCGCUGCCCGCUGCCCCCGCGCCUCAGACCUGGCGGACUCGGAAGGUGCUCCAUCCCCAUGACCAUCAGUUCUGAUGCAGCCCCUGGUGAUGCAGGAAUGGCUCUAUGUCCUCCCGCGAUGUCCUGAGUGGCACAUCCCGGACCAGGCGCAGCACAGCAGCACUGCCCGCCCGCUGUCUCAGGUUGAAGCCUCGCAGGAUGGUGCAGGACCUUCGUGUGUAACCCCCCGGGCUCCAAGCAGUGCUGCCGGGCCCCAGGCCCCUCUGGAGAUGAAUCUUUGCUGGAACGAGAUAAAAAAAAAAUCCCACAGCCUUCGGGCUCGGCUGGAGGCCUUCUCUGACCACAGUGGGAAGCUGCAGGUGCCUCUCCAGGAGAUCAUCGACUGGCUGGGGCAGAAGGAUGAGGAGCUGUCGGCACAGCUGCCCCUGCGGGGGGAUGUUCUCCUGGUGCAGCAGGAGAAGGAGACACACGCGGCUUUCAUGGAAGAAGUGAAGUCUCGGGGACCAUACAUUUACUCUGUCCUGGAGUCAGCACAGGCUUUCCUUUCCCAGCACCCAUUUGAGGAAUUAGAAGAACCGACUUUGGAAAGCAAAGAUGUGUCUCCCCGGCACCGGAUCCAGAACAUCAGCCGCUUUGUCUGGAAGCAGGCCAACGUGGCCAGUGAGCUGUGGGAGAAGCUCACGGCCCGGUGUGUGGACCAGCACCGCCACAUUGAACGGACCCUGGAGCAGCUGCUGGAGAUUAAAGGGGCAAUGGAAGAGCUCAGCACGACCCUGGACCAGGCUGAAAGCGUGCGGGAGACCUGGGAACCCAUCGGGGACCUCUUCAUUGACUCCUUGCCAGAGCACAUCCAGUCAACCAAGCUGUUCAAGGAGGAGCUCUCCCCCAUGAAGGAUGGGGUGAAAGUGGUCAAUGAUCUUGCACACCAGCUUGCCAUCUCAGAUGUCCACCUGUGCAUGGAGAAUUCCCGCACCCUGGAGCAGAUCAACACCCGCUGGAAACAGCUGCAGGCCUCCAUAAAUGAACGCCUGAAGCAGCUCCAAGAUGCCCACCGUGACUUUGGACCAGGCUCCCAGCACUUCCUCUCCUCCUCUGUCCAGGUCCCCUGGGAGCGAGCCAUUUCCCCCAACAAAGUGCCAUACUACAUCAACCACCAGGCCCAGACGACGUGCUGGGACCACCCAAAGAUGACAGAGUUGUACCAGACGCUGGCGGAUUUGAACAACAUCAAGUUCUCGGCAUAUCGGACGGCCAUGAAACUCCGGCGGGUGCAAAAAGCCCUUCGAUUGGACAUGGUCACCCUGGCCACGGCUUUGGAAAUCUUUAAUGAGCAUGACCUGCAGCCCGGUGACCGUGCGAUGGAUGUGGUGGAGGUCAUCCACUGCCUGACCGCCCUCUACGAGCGGCUGGAGGAGGAGCGGGGCAUCCUGGUGAACGUGCCCCUCUGCGUGGACAUGAGCCUCAACUGGCUGCUGAACGUCUUUGACAGUGGCCGCAGCGGGAAGAUGAGAGCUCUCUCCUUCAAGACGGGCAUCGCGUGUCUGUGCGGGACAGAGGUCAAGGAGAAGUUCCAGUAUCUCUUCAGCCAAGUGGCGAACGCCGGGGGACUGUGUGACCAGCGGCACCUCGGCGUCCUGCUCCACGAGGCCAUCCAGGUCCCACGACAGCUGGGGGAGGUGGCAGCGUUCGGGGGCAGCAACGUGGAGCCCAGCAUCCGCAGCUGCUUCCGCUUCAGCAAUGGGAAGUCUGCCAUUGAGGCAUCCCAGUUCCUGGAGUGGGCCAACCUGGAGCCACAGUCCAUGGUGUGGCUGGCGGUGCUGCACCGGGUGACCAUGGCCGAGCAGGUGAAGCACCAGACCAAGUGCUCCGUGUGCCGGCAGUGCCCCAUCAAGGGAUUCAGGUAUCGGAGCCUGAAGCAGUUCAAUGUGGAUAUCUGCCAGACCUGCUUCCUCACCGGGCGAGCCAGCAAAGGCAACAAGCUGCACUACCCCAUCAUGGAGUACUACACCCCGACCACAUCCAGUGAGAACAUGAGGGACUUUGCCACGACACUGAAGAACAAGUUUCGCUCCAAGCAGUACUUCAGCAAGCACCCACAGAGGGGUUACCUGCCCGUCCAGUCUGUGCUCGAGGCUGACUUCUCUGAGACCCCAGCCUCCUCCCCGAUGUUACCACACGCUGACACACACUCCCGGAUCGAGCACUUUGCCAGCAGGCUUGCAGAGAUGGAAAGCCAGAAUUGUUCCUUCUUCAGUGAUAGUCUGUCCCCUGACGACAGCCUGGAUGAGGACCAGUACCUGCUGCGCCAUUCCAGCCCCAUCACUGACAGAGAGCCUGGGGGCAGCCAGCAGGCUCCAGGAAGCCUCAACAUGGAUGAUAAGGGAGAGCUGGAAAGAGUCCUGGCCCACUUAGAGGAUGAAAACAGGAUCCUCCAGGGAGAGUUGAGACGUUUGAAAUGGCAGCAUGAUGAGGCAGUGGAGUCUCCAACCUUGGCUACAGGCUCUCCUGAAUCAGUGCAAGACCCACGGAACGAUGAGCUCCUGGCAGAAGCACGAAUCCUCCGGCAGCACAAGAGCCGCCUGGAGACACGGAUGCAGAUCCUGGAGGACCACAACAAGCAGCUGGAGUCACAGCUGCACAGGCUGAGGGAGCUGCUGCUGCAGCCUCCAGCAGAGUCAGAAGGCAAUGGUUCAGCAGCCUCGUCCUUGGCUUCAUCUCCACAUCAGUCAGAAGGCAGCCAGGCAAAGGAGAGAGAACACAACACCCCUGACACUGAAACUGCAGACGAGAUAGAAGCCAAAACCCAGGAAGUCAGCAUGUGCCUGGAAGACAUAAUGGAGAAGCUGCGGAGCGCCUUCCCCAACUCUCAAGUGCUGCUGGGACAGGAGUGUGGCCUGGGAAUGGAGGAGGAGGAGGAGGCUUCACACCCGCAAGGAGAGGAGAUCAGAGCUGCCAAGAGCAGAGACCAAACAGAUCCCUGUGAUGAGCUGCAAGGCAGCCUCCUGCCCUGCUCAGGACCCUGCACUCCACGGGGCUCCCACCGUGAGGAUGGACAGACCUGUCAGCACCACCUGCAGCAACAGCUUUGAGCCAGCUCCUGGCUUCAUCCCUGUCCAGACCCCUCUGCAGGAGAGGUUGAGGCCCCAGUAGCCUGGUGAGAUGGAAGCAAUGGUGCAAGCUCUCCUGGCUGCUCAUGGAUGGCUCUUCCCAGCAGGGAUGGAGACUGGGGGAUGUGUGUGUGGGUGGCACCCCACUCAGUGAGGUUUUGGUGUUGGUCAUUCUGCUCUUUCCCUCUGUGCUCCAGUGCAGGAGCAGCACUCGGUCUCUUGCCCAGGCUGCCAGAGGGAGACAUUGCUUGGUGCCAGCACUAACAUGAGGUGGUGGUCUGCCCAUGCAGACUCUUGCCCACUUUCUGCCAUCCCUGAGCAGGAUCCUUCUGGCUCUGCAGCAGCCCCUUUCUAACCAGGUGGCUCUGGGUCCUGCUUUCCUGACCUGUCUAUUUCUCUUUCAGGUAUGACCUCCCUUAUCUAACACCUCCUGUGAGCCAGAGGCUUUUCCUAACCAGCUACCUGGCUGCUUUCCUCCCCCUCUCUCCCUGCCAUGCUCCCUGUGCUGCAGCAGCCCUCACACAGACUCCCUCCAAGCUGGUGGUGCAGGAUGCUUGCCAGCUCCAGAAGAUCUCAGGGGAACAUAGGUCAUGCAGGAGUGGGACUGUGGGCUCCCCAGCAGGCUGGUUUGGUCACACAGUGGCUGAGCCUGGGUGGGAUGGUUCAGAAGAGAGAGCUGAAGCCAUGAAAACUGCCUGUCUCCCCUGGCACCCGUGGGCUGCUGCCUUUGCCUGUAGCCCUCAGGGGAUGCAGACCUCAACAUCCCACUCUUCAUUUGUGCCCAGGAGCCUCCAGGUCCAUGGGCAUCAAAACACUCUUGGAGCCACACAACUUUUAAAAUAACUCUUUAUAGCAGUAACCAGCUGCCAGCCUUAUGGCUUGAACUCUGCCACCCAAGGCUCUGCAGCCAGCCAGGCACAUAGCACCAGGAGAGAGUCUGUGAGGUUUAUGGAGUAGGGAUUGAGUCCAUGUUAGAGCUUCAGCCCAGCUAGUAGCCUUAUAUUGAGAGGGUCUUUAUAACAGAGCCUUAUUGUUUAAUUUGCAUAUAUUUCUAUAUAUUAUAUAUAUAUAUAUACUGUACUUAAACACUCUCAUGGACUCACUCUAUUAAACUCUAAUACCUUA